AUGAAUUACUUGAAUAUUUUAGUGCUGUUAUGUUCCUUAGCCGUGGUUAUCGGCCAGAAGGUUGCAGGAGAGACAAACGGUGACCUUCUUGAUGGUCAGAGCCGUAAUACAGGAGGUUAUGGGUUAUUAAAACCCGGUUACGGAUCCGCCGGUUUCAACGGCUAUGGUGGUUCCAAUAGUGGAUACGGCGGCGGCUAUGGCAGUGGAUACGGCAGCGGCUAUGGCAGUGGAUACGGGAGCGGCUAUGGCGGUGGAUACGGAAACAAUUAUGGCAGCGGAUUCGGUGGUGGUUACGGUAAUCCCGGUUACGGCAAUUCGGGGUAUGGUGGAUAUCCAGGUCAAGGAGGAUAUAAUAGUGGAUUCGGUGGAUACGGCGCGGGCGGUGGCUACCCGGGCGGCUACGGAGCGGGAUAUCCGGGCUACGGAGGCUACCGCCCCAACAGACCCAGCUUUGACUACAACCGUCCAGGUUACUCGGGCAGUACAUUUGGAUCCCCAGGAAGUCAAUACAGGCCAGGAUAUAACCAGUACAGGCCUGGUUUCGACCGUCCUUAUUCUGGUAGCCCUUCUUCAAGCGGCAACUACUUCAGCGGCUUUGGUGACGGUUAUGACAACUUCAGACUCCUUGGCAGACAAGUGGCAGACAGUGUAAAGGAAAAUGAUGAAAAGGCGUAA